AUGUUGGUCUUAUUGUUAUCAACUAUUUUCACUCUACUGCUAUCAACUUCUGCUAAAGAGUGUUUAUCACGAUCAUCUACUGAACAGUCUCUUCUCGAUGCUCACGUUCCCGGAGCAGCUAUCAUGGUCGUGAAUCACACCGAUAUUCUGUAUCAAGAAGCAUUUGGUCAUCGAUCUCUUUCACCGGUGCGCAUGAUGGAUGUGGACACGUCAAUCUUUGUUCUUGCUUCCAUAUCAAAACCGUUCGUUGCUGUUGCUGUGAUGCAACUAGUUGAAGCAAACAAACUCGAUCUCGAUGCUGAUAUCAAUCCAUAUCUAUUAUCAUCAUCAUUAUCAUCAUUAAAUCAUCGUAUCUUUCAUCCACAAUAUCCUUCUCAUCCGAUCACUCUUCGCCAACUACUAUCUCAUUCAGCAUCGAUCGGUACUAAUAAAGAAGCAUAUGACACUUUCAUGCAAAUCGGUGAUACUGCAUUGACAAAAAUAUCAUUGGCCGAUGCCUGCUACACAUAUCUUGAUAACUCAUCAAAUUGGUUGCCACUCCCACCAGGUACGGUGUCAUUCUACUCGGAUGUUGGUAAUGGUCUGGCUGGAUUAGUGGUCGAACGAGUAUCACAAAUGCCGUUUGAACACUAUGUUCGAGAGAACAUACUGAAACCAUUGAAUAUUGAUACGAAAAAAGCUGGAUAUCGCCUGUCUGACAUAGAUAAUCACGACGAAUUAGUAAAGCAUCAUGUAUUCAAAGCUUCGUUUCUCGAACAAUGGGAUCGAGAACUACCACAACUGAACAUCAAACAGGUAAACUAUACAACAAUAAGUCUCAAAAACCUAUUAGAUUCUUUUCAGAGUAAUCUAUCUAAUUGGGUUGAUAUUCCAUUUUAUAGUGUAAGUAUUUAUCCAGCAGGUCUGUUGCGGAUGUCAGCAAAAUCUCUGUCUUUAUUUCUUCGAAUGCUCAUGAGAAAUGGAUAUCCAUUAUUACAUUCUCAUUCGAUUGCCGAGAUGCGACGAAUAGUCGACGGUGUUAUUCCAUAUCAAAGUACAAACUCUACUAAUAGUACUGAGCUGCCGGAUCGAGUGCUGAGUUUUGGUCUCGGGUUGAUUUGGGAAGAGCAGCGUGAUGGUCGUCGAUUUAUUGGUCAUACCGGAGGGAUGCCAGCUGCAACACAUUCAAUGGUUAUUAAUGAACAGGGUAAUAUUGGUGUCAUUUUUCUUACCAAUGGCGAUGUCUCUGCUAAUAAUGAGGAUUCAAUUAAGAUGAUGCAUGCAUGGAAUACGAUUCGAAUAUCAUUAUUCAAUUGCUUUGAAAUUUGA